AUGUUCCUUCGACUGGGCUCAUCCAGGGCUGAGCUCAGCCUGUGGAACCCCGUCUACGCCGUCACGCCCUUCAUCCUGCUCUCCGUCUCGAUCCCGCUCGCCUUCUUCGCCGUCGUCACCACCUCAAUCGCCGUAUCGCUCCUCUCCUUCCGCGCAUUAACCGUAUAUUGCCGUCUCGCCAUUGCAAUCAUAGGCGCAUGGCUAUCUCCUUCGACUUCGAAGCCAGUUCCGCUUCGGGUCCCUCUCAUACCUUCGUCCGCCCGGCACUCCCCGACUGGGCAGCGCCAUCGCCGCACAAGCACAGCUAGCACGACAUCGUCGCAAGAUGCAGCUCUACAGUCGGCGCAUACGUCACGUCUCCUGAAACAUAAGAACAACUCUCUCACGGCGCUCAUUGGUACAAGCGAAUUGACGCGUGACUUUGAGGGCGUGGGAGGGUGGAGAGUGCCGGGUGACGAUGACGAAGAGGCGCUGUGGAUGGGCAUCAACUCACGGCUUCAAUUGCCUGCCGAGACGCCUACCCGGAGGCAUGCCCGGAGUUUGACAGGCGGCGCAAGCCCGGGCCAGCGGUGGAGUGCUGGAUCAGAAGCGUUCCGCAUGAGCCCGGUGCAGAGCAGGGCAAGGACACCAGUACGCUCUGCCAUCGAGGACGGAUCUGGCUACUUCCCUGUGCAGCCCACCUCAAAUAGUCGGCGUGGUAGCGCCGGCUCCGAGACUGCCAAACAACACAACAGAAGGAAAAGUGGCAGUGGUAGCAGCAUGUCAAGUACUGCCUCUGGUCUGGCUAUCACGAUGAAGGAAGCUGGCAAAUGA